AUGGUGGCCAAGCCAAAGUUUCAAUUUUCACUUACUGGAGGUAAUCUUGCACAAUCCCAGCUAAGUGUGGACGUGCAUGAUGGUCCUUCUUUGCAUUGUAUCUUGAAAAAUACGGUAAUUAUACCGACUAAAAAAUUCCUGCUGGAGUGCAGUGGUUCUUUUGAAUCAAUUUCGUUGCGCCUGCAGUUGCAAAAAUCAAUCUUGAUUAUUGGUUUUCAUCCUUUGUCAUCCUUGUCUAGCUCUUACAAAACCGUGUCAGGGCUCUGGAGAUCGCAGAUUGUGUCCAAAUCGCAAUGCCACAACUUGUGGCAAGCCAGUUUCCACAAGUGCUAUGUCAGGCCCAUACUAUUAAAGCUAGAAGUUUAUGACAGUGAAGAAAGCAUUCGUUUUAAAUGGACUUGUGUUGUUUGCGGGGAGAUUUGCUUCAGCACAAAAAUGCUAAGCAUGCAUGAGCUAACUCACGCGGGCCAAUUGUUUUCUUGUACCUAUUGCAAUAAAGAAUUUAACGAAUUACAUGCCUAUAAACGCCACAUAAGUAACCAUAUAAGAAAAAGGAAGCACAAGUUGUAUUGUAAAAUUUGCGAUAAAUACUUUUCUUCACCACAAUACUUAAAGGCUCAUUUAAAUAUUCAUGAGGGGAUUACAUUUAAAUGCGACGUGUGUAAUAAGGAUUUUUCUGAUAGAGUUUAUUUAAAAAAACACUUGAGGGUCCAUGAACAUGAUUACGAAGCUGACAGAGAUAAUUGCAGCUUUUGCGGAAAAAAUUUGAUGAAAUCAACGUUAAGACAUCACAUUAAAACUUAUCAUAGUGGAAAUGUAUACGAAUGCAAAUUUUGCAAGAAACGAUAUUUUAGCGAUGAGUACUUGAAGCAGCAUUUAAAAACCCACGAAAAAGGAUAUGUAGGACCACUUAUACAAUGUCCUCUAUGCGAGAAAACAUACCAAAGCAGUCGAGGUUUCAAGAGACACAACAAAAUCGAACACGAAGGUCACAGACAUACAUGCGACUUAUGUGGAAAGGAUGUGUCAAGUGCUGCAUCACUAAAAAGUCAUAUCAGAAGCCAUAACAAUGAGAAACCUUUUCUUUGUUCGGAGUGCGGCAAAAGUUUUGGUACUAAAACUCUUUUAAAAGUUCACACGAGAACUCAUACUAAAGAAAAACCAUAUUCAUGUGAAAUAUGUGGAAAGAGUUACUCGCAAAGAUCGCCUCUUCUAAUUCACCUCAAAACUGCUCAUAGUGACGACAGACCAUUUAAGUGUACCCUGUGCGAUAAAGCGAAAAUUAAAAAAGAAUUUUUAUUAUGUGGAAGAAGCUCGAUAAAAAAAUAUUACAGGUUCACUUGCAUUGUUUGUGGCAAAGGUUGCAGCAAUAAUAUCAAACUCAACAAUCACGAACGUACUCACGUAGGUCAGCUGUUUCGUUGUAUAAUUUGCGACAAGAACUGCAACUCGAUACUAACGUUCAAACGUCAUAUGUACCGUCAUAAACUCCUAAGAAAAGGACCAGCCAAGUGCGAUGUUUGUGAUAAAGUAUUCGCAACUGCCGGCUCCUUAAACCACCACAGCAAAAAACAUAGUGGUGUAAAAUUAAAGUGCCCUUUAUGCAAUAAACAUUUUGAGAUAAACUAUUUAAAGCAACAUUUAAAAAACCACGCAGAUGGUAAUUUAAAAGUAAAAUGCGAAAGAUGUGGCAGAGAAAUGAAGCAGAGUUCGGUGAAGCUUCAUAAUAAAACAUAUCACAGUGGAGUUGCUUACGAAUGUCAUAUUUGCAAAAAAAAAUAUCAUAGCGAUGGUUACCUCAAGACUCACUUAAAAACACACGAAGAAGGAUAUGUGCAAACUCCGAAGGAAUGCCAACAGUGCGGGAAGUUUUACGCUUGCAUUCAAAGUCUUCGGCACCAUCAAAAAAUUGAACAUGAAGGAGUCAAACAAGUUUGUCAUGUGUGCGGAAAAGAAUUAACCAGCGUUGGUUCUUUGAAAAUGCACCUUAGAAACCACAGAAAAGAAAAACCCUUUAUUUGCCCCAUUUGUGGUAAAGGAUUCGUUUGCAACAACCUUCUGAAAGUACAUCUUAGAACGCAUACCAAAGAAAAACCGCAUGUAUGCAAAAUCUGCGGAAAAUGCUACUCCCAAAGAUCGCCCCUAUUAAUUCAUCUUAGAACUGUACAUAGCGACGAAAGACCCUUUAAGUGUUCAAUUUGUGAUAAAGCUUUUGUUAUUCAAAGUCUUCUAAAUUCUCAUCUUAAAACCCAUUCGAAAAUUUGUAAAUCAUGA